CUACUUAAGUAACGCUACGACGGAUUGCAUGAAAUUUGGAAAAAAGACUUGAAAUAAUAGGUCUAGCAACAACACCUUUUUCUUGGGCGCAUAUACUGGUCUCCAUAAUCCACAUAUCUACAUUGCUAGCAUAAUGGAGGAUAUCCUUGAGGCUGACUUCCUUAAGAGGGAGAUUCGGGGACUUAAAACGGGUAGCCAGGAAAGAAAUGACAAGAUUGUCGGGCGAUGCAACUGGUACAUGUUCUGUGCGGCAAAUAUCAGAGGCACAAAAUAUAAAGAUUCCCAAGACUUUUAUCUCUACUGCCAUAAAAGGGUUCAAGCGGAUUGCCCCCCUAAGCAGAUGAAGCCAACUAAGAUUUCCGCAAGCUUCGCAAAAGAUUUUAUCACCAAGUAUCAUAAGCCGUAUAAGCAGGGUACUCUGCAGAGCUUCGAGGACUGCGAUACCAUAGCCGCGGAAGAGAUACAGCAAACUCUGACCAAGGCGUGGGAAAGAUGGCAGCGCGCAGACAAUUCCAGAGCUCGCCAGUUCGAGCAGGCCGUAGAUAGCAUCCCUCAGCCGGAGCGAAUCGACAAAGUGGUUUGCCUAGGACUCGGCCGUAUACUUAGACCAAACUUUCGUCGCGCCAAUCAGGAGUGCGACGACAAUAACCCGAAGAGACCCCGUAACAUCGUGAUGCCGCGGAAUAUCGCCCAGCACAUCGCUGCCGUCUCGAUAGUUAAGCAAUUAGAAAAGAGGACAGGAAAAAAUAUCCCUCUGUAUACCGCGGAUCCCGAGUACGGACUUGAACAUACCAAGGCGCUCCAGACGUUGUUACCUUUCGGUAAGUUUAUCGUUCUCGAUCCAAGUUACGGCACGCACGAGCAGUUUACGUAUAUCGACGACAAUACCCUGGUUUUCGACAUGGCUGGUCCGCCGGAGUGUCCCACCAUGCGUAUAAUCCAAGAAUACGCUCGGCCCGUCGCGAUUAUCACCAUGGAGGUUCCUCGCACGGGGACGUUCGAGGAUAGACUCUGGUUCGAAGUUGCCGACGAAGAGAGUGGCAACGAAAUCCAGAUACCAGGUUGCGCCCAAUUGCCACUCCCGGAAGGCUGCUUCAAUUUCGGGGGGUGGUGUCCACGGCGAGUCCGGGAUAUGAUCGUGUACGAAUACAAGCAGGAAGACGGGUUCCCCGCGGAGAAGGAGGAGCUGGCGCGGAAAUGGGGGGCAUGCGACCUCGUCGACUAUGACAAUCGGGAUCCCCUGGAUGCCCAGGUAGGAGCUUAUUGGCAUACCGACACCCGCCUGUACGUGCGUAGACCUCGUCCGUUAUACCUGCUGAGAUUCGCCGAGUGGUUUAGCGGUCAGCUCCUGACGUCCUGACGUCCUGACGAUUAUAGGAGAGAGAGAGAGAGAAACCUCCAUCAUAUCCGUAGCAUCAGAACAUCACGGUAUCGUUCCUGGAAGUUUAUAUUUCAGGUGGUUUUAGUUAGUUAGUCUUUUGUUUUUUAGUUAAUAUUAUUAUCGCGUCGCUUUUAGAUCCGAGUUUUAUAAUACACUAGAGCCUGAGGUGGCGAGAUAAACUUGGAGUGGGCCAUUCUCCAAGAAAGUAAAGGGGGGAUAUAUGAUCGAUAUUAUAAGCCACGAUGUGAUUUGUUAUAACUAUAAAAAAUGGAAAAUCAAGUUCCAGGUGUUUCCAUAUAUGUACA